AUGGCUACCUCAGCAGCCGGCGCCGAUGAUGGUCGUAACAAGACGGUGACCGGCUACCCAGUUGAGCCGGGUCAAUUCGCAGCCGGCUACCCAGCCGCCGGAGCCUACCCCUACGUGGCCCCACCCCCGCCUCCUCACACCAACACCUACCGGCCCAUGGGCCCACCUCCUCACUACGCCCCUCAGCCCACUGGGCCCAUCGCGCCCAAUAGGCCCACCCUCCUCUGCCGCCUCCUCAUUGCCGCCGUCGCCGUCUUCGCCAUCAUGUCCCUCGUCUUCUUCAUCGCCUGGCUCGCCCUCCGCCCUCGCCUCCCCGAGUUCCGGGUCGAAUCGGCCUCCGUCUUCCCUCUCAACGCCACUGGCUCUGAGCUCACCGCCACCUGGGACCUCACCCUCCUCGCCAACAACCCCAACCACAAGCUCAGAAUUUACUACGACAGCAUCCAGGCCUCACUCUUCUACGGCGACGAUGACCGAAUCGCCACGACUUCGUUGCCUCCCUUUGUUUUGACCAAGAGGAACCAGACGCGUGUCGGGUUCAAGCUGGCGACGGUGGGGGAGUACGUCGGCAAUUCCGUGGCCAAGCGGAUCUCCGACGAGAGGGAUCGUGGGUCGGUGAGGUUCGGGCUAGGAGUUUUUGCUUCGGUUCGGUUUAGGUCUGGAGUGUUCCAGUCGAGGCCUCGCGUGUUGCGGGUCUUCUGCGAGCGGAUCGAUUUCGGGUUUGCCCAGAAGAAUGGGACGGGGACUUUGACGGUGUUCUGGGGCUUUGUCAUUGUGAUUCAAACUCCAGAGCCAGAGACUGUAGGGGUUUUCCCUUCACCAUUGAAUUCCACUUACCAUUCACAGAGUCACAAGGAAAAAAUCAGUAGUAUUGGAACAGUACAAGGUUUUCCUGGGGAAGGGGAGCUUGGUCUACAAGGAACUAGCAAGUAG